AUGGGUUGUGCACUUACUGGUUUCGCAGCAGGAAAUGGUAAAACUGAAACAACUAAAAAUUGGGCAAAUGCUUUGGCUAAAGUAUGAUGUGGGUUCAAUUUCAGUUCAGAAUUGAAUUAUUAAUCUAUAGGUAAAUAUCUACAAAGGACUUGCAAGUUCUGGAUGUUGGGGCUGUUUUGAUGAAUUUUAAUUGUUUAACACCAGAAGUUUUAUCAGUCUGNAAUAUUUAAUUGAAUAAAUAUGUGAAAUUUUUUGAGAAGAAUGUUUAAGAAUGGAAUAACAAUUAGGAGCAAUUAAUGACGCUAUUUAAAUAUUACCAGAAGUACAAAAGACAUGGUCUUUUUUGGAAAACUUAUUAAUUCAAUCAGAAGAAGUCAAGAAAUAAUUACCAAAAGAAUCAGAAUUAAUUAGUUGAAAUUUAUAGGAAUAUGAAAGGGAAUCUGAUUAUUAAAUUAAGAUUAUCUAGAAGUUCUUUACCUAACCAAAUAUUUUGA